CCCAUGUGGGGCAGGAGAGGGUCUGAACCAGAGCUUGUCGACAGUGAAGACCUCCCGUACGUCAUGGCUCUACAGCGGCCCGAGGGUACGCACGGAUGGUGCUUGCUUGUCAUAAAUACCGGUUGCGUCUCUCUGCAAUGCCUGAAUGGAUGUGCGGCAGCUUCUGAGGAAGCCCCAGGGGCCAGCGCCCCGCCGCUGUCUCCAUCCAGCCCCUUUCGUAUGGACGAGUCACACUAUGCAGAGUCCUUUCGCAACGCUCUGCAGGAAAAGGCUGAGGCUGACUGGGCGGCCGCGGGGGUCGGUUCCUCCUUUGCAAGGGCGGCUGAGAGACUGCGAGGUGGCCAUGGGGCUUCGGUGCAUCAAAGGCCGUGUGGUGUGUAAUGUGCCGUUUCUGUUUGCAGGUGUGCGUCGUCUGAAUAUCGAGAGGAACGUUGACAUCUCCGACCUUAAGAACCUCUUCAUGUGGGUGGGCCUGGCAUCCACACACCGAUAUCUGUCUGUCUGUCUGUCUGUCUGUCUGUGACGCAUGACUGCAGCUACAAAGUUCGAAGCCACUAUGCCGGCAGUCUCCUCUUCAGCGUCAAGGCGCAACCCGAAUGCUGCUCGUACGAGCCCUCGCUCUCUGUGCCACUUCAAUCAAUCGGCGUGUCGUUUGUGUGUGUCCGCGCGCCUGCAGUCUAGACUGGCAAGAAUACUCUUCGUACUUCUUUCUUGGCGAGGUACAUGUACAUGCCUCUUCUCCCUGCCAAUGCAAUAAAUACAUCGAUGGAGUCGCUCGCUCCGUUGUGUGCGCAGGAUGCGACCCAUUCGGCGUUUGCGAAGGUGACGCGGCCGCCAACGCGGGGCUGCUGCUGUCUGGGGGGCGGCGGGUGCGCACAUGAGAGGGACGGGAGGGAGGAGCAGACACAGCGAGGGGCAACGGGUGGUGUCUGUCUCUGUCUGUCUCUGUUUUUGGAUGGAGUGCAGGGCGGAGUUCGUUCUCAGCGACUCCGUCACUGGUAUGGAAAGGAAUGAAGAGGAGGGAGGCACAGAGUGAGAUGCCAACAACACAACACACGUGUUAUGUGCCUCCCUGUGAAGGUUCGCCGAUCGGCAGCAUUGCCCACCCCUAUCAGUGCUGCCACCCAACCCUCACCCUGCAAGACGCUGCGGUGAAUGAAUGCACAAACGAGACACGCAGCACAGCACCACAGAAAUCGCGUUUGCUUAUCUGUUUAUGUGUGUGCAGGGCCAGUACACGCUGUGGCUUCGCUCGCCCUGUUUCAUGUGCACGUGGAGGAGCCCAUGUUGCUGUGAGAAGGUCAACUACAAACUGGAAGAUGCCAACACGGGAGACCCUGUCGCACAUAUCGUCCAUGUAAGCAACCCCUCGGUCUCGUUAUAUGUGUGUGUGUGUGGAUGUGCGUUGGUAGACUUAUGGUCAUGGCGGCGAUCCGCUCAGCGGGGCGAAUAUCUUCGCAUAUAACGUGUGAGGAUGUGAACGGCGGCUUCAUGUGACGUAUGUGGUAUGCAUGAUUCACAUGCGCAGCGACGUAUCGAGCGACGCCAUCUCAAGUGAUGCCAACAUGAUGGCCACCAUCGUCGCAGCAAGUAAUUGAAAAAGUGACAAUACACCAGUGCACCACCCAUUUUCGCAGCCAUGCUUUUCUCUCUUUCCUCUCUCUCUCUCUGUGUGUGUGUGUGUGUGUGUGUGUCUCAGCUGUGUUGGUUGACCAGCGGUUCACGUGUAAGGAUUCGGCCACGCGCAACACAGAGUGCAUGGGGGCCACGGGAUGCAUCAUUGCCUGACGUGACUGCUGAUACAUGUAUGUGGAAAUCGAUGGCCACACACACGGGAAGGAGAUCGGCCGCGUCACGUGGCUGGAUGGAUGGAUGUGGCAUCGAUGUGACUGUCGACCUGAUGUAUGUAUGUGUCUUUUGUGGGUUCAUUAGAUGGAGACACACAGAGGGAUGGGACCGAUGGUGCUACAUACUGAC